AUCAGGUGCUGCGUUUGAUCUGGACGACCACGCAAAGAGUGUUUCUGCCAGAGCGAGGCCGUUUCAGUGCUCUCAGUGCGGGAAGGGGUUUUCCCGUAUCCAGCAUCUGUCCGAACAUGUGCGGAUUCACACCGGAGAGAGGCCUUUUGAGUGCUUGGUGUGCGGGAAGACUUUCACCCGGGAGAGAGACCUCAAGACUCACCAGAUCGUCCACACAGAUGCGAAGGCCUUCCACUGUACGAUCUGUGUGAAAAACUUCGCCCUGUUGUCCUCCUUGAGAAGACAUCUGCGUGCAUUUCAUCAAGGUCAAGAUGUAAGUACGGAGGGUAAGUGCUUAAUUUGCGUUGAAUGUGGGAAAAACUUUGCCUGUCAGCUUGAGGAACAUGAGCUAACACACACCGGAGAGAUAUCCCACCGCUGCCCUGACUGUGUCAACAGCUUCACACGAUCUCACCAUCAGACCUUCUCUGAAUCAGACCACAUGAACCAUUCAGACGAGAGGCCUUGCAGUUCUGUGGACUCUGAAGAUCUGCACAAACGCUUACAAACUGACGCACUUAAGGACAAUAUUGAAUCCCACUCUCUGGACCUUGUGGACAGUAUUGAGAGCGAAGCGUCUAAUGAACACGAUGCCCGAAGUCAACAGAAAGUGUCUGAGAGAGCUCCAUCUCCUUCAUCCGAGCUCUCUCGGGAUUCUGCUCAUUCUGCUGAGAAGGGCGUUGGAGCACAUAACCCUCUUCAAGAGGAAGAGUUUACUGCUCACCAGCAACUUCACGACGAAGACAAGCCGCACCAGUGCAAUCACUGUGGAAAGAGGUUUCAUAAGCAAGCAAAGCUUCGAAUCCAUCUGCGUGUUCACACCGGAGAGCGGCCGUACCAGUGCUCCCAGUGUGGGAAAUAUUUCAGUCAAGCAGUAAACCUUAAAAAACACCACCGUACUCAUCAUACAGAGGAGAGGCCGUACCAGUGCACGCUCUGUGACAGGAGGUUUUCUCUCUCCUUCUCCCUGAUAAAGCAUCAGCGAGUCGCUCAUCCAGAACGUUUGAGUGUUGCUGAAAGGAAGCGCUUCACCUGUCCGUACUGUGGGAAAAUAUUUGGACGACAUCAAGACAUGGAGCAACACAAACGCAUUCACACCGGCGAGAGACCGUUCCGCUGCACCGUGUGCAAUAAAAGUUUCAGGCAGCGUUCGGUGUUGAUCGUGCAUAGGAAAAUUCACACUGGAGAAAAGCCUUUCGAAUGUUUCAUAUGCUUCAGACGCUUUUAUGGUUCAGGGGAUCUGAAGACUCAUAUGGGGACUCAUACCGGCGUGAGACCCCACAGUUGUCCUCUGUGCUCCAAAAGCUUCCCUCGGCCCAGUAGCCUCCAAGCACACAUGCAGUCCCAUCUGAACAAGUUGCGGGAACGAGAUGUUCUGAUCAACCAAGCGGAUGAGCUUAUUCCUAAAGAGGGGGAACAGGGUGACGUGGAAGAUAUCUGUGGUGUUUCUGUUUCAUCACAGCUUUCAGCAAUGCUUUCUGGAAACCCUGGAGCUUCUGUGGACGAAAUGAGCGCAGGCGAUCCUCAUCUAUUAGAGACGGAGACGGGACUCGGUCCAUCAGUGAAUGAAGAUCAUGAUGCUGAUCAGAGUUCCAGUUCAGAGCUGACAGAUCAUCAGAAGCUUUAUCACUGUGCCAUAUGCAACAAAACCUUCUCGCUCGCAAUUUCCCUGAAAAGACAUCAGCUUAUAUUUCAUCCAGAUCAGCAUGCUGACAUCGAGGGCAAGUGCUUCCCCUGCUCUUACUGCGGGAGGAAGUUUGGUCGACGUCAAGGCUUGUUACAGCAUGAGCGGAUUCACACGGGUGAACGGCCCUUCAACUGUCCCACAUGUAACAAGAGCUUCCGUCAGCGAUCGGCUUUGGUUGUGCAUAUUAAAACUCACACAGGAGAGAGGUCGUUCCUGUGCUUUGUGUGCAGUAAGAGCUUUUAUACCCCUGGAGACUUGAAAAAACAUCUGGAAGUUCACACAGGAGUGCGGCCACACAACUGCCCUGUUUGCUGCAAGGGCUUCGGGCGGCCCAGCUUCCUCAGAGCUCACAUGCGAAUUCAUGAAAAAGCUUCCACAAAGAAGCAAAGUGGAACGGAGAAACCAACAGGUGGUCCAAAAGUGGACUUGCAGGAGAAGCCAUUUGAAUGCUCUCACUGUGGGAAAAGAUUCAGUCAGCAUUGUAUGUUUAAGAUUCACCAGCGGAUUCACACAGGAGAGAGACCUUACAAGUGCUCUGAGUGUGGCCUGAGCUUUCGCUGGAGGAGAAACCUGAUCGCCCACCAGAGCGGCCACCCGGGCCAGAACCCUCUCCAGUGCUCGAUGUGUGAUGAAACAUUCAUCUCUGAAGCUAGUCUCAAAAAACACCAAGAUGCAUUUCAUACAGGGGUGUCUCACACAUGCAGUUUGUGUCUGAAGACGUUUACUCAAGCGGCCGGCCUCAGGAAACACGUGCGCUAUGUUCAUGAAGGAGAGCGACCGCACAAAUGCUCCGAGUGCGGGAGAGGAUUCGUCAAACUCUCGGACCUCGCGCGUCAUCAGCGCCGGCACCAUUACGACCGGGGCGCCGAGCUCUUCCAGUGCUCCCAGUGUGAGCGCAGCUUCAGCCAUCCCAGCAGUCUGGUUCUGCACCGACGCACACACACCGAAGAAAAGCACGAGUGCCCUCAGUGCGAUAAGGUUUUCAGUCAGGCGGGACACCUGAAGGUCCACCUGCGGACUCACUCCAAGGAGAAUAAACCCAAAUUCGAGUGCCCUGAAUGUGGGAAGAGUUUUGGCCAAGCGAAAGAUCUGGUGGUUCAUCAGAGGGUUCACACCGGAGAGAAGCCGUACCAGUGUCCUCAGUGCAAGAAGAGCUACCGACAGUUUGCGCAUUUAUCUGUACAUCUGCGCAGUCACACGGGGGAGAAGCCGUACCAAUGCCCCAUAUGCCUCAAAUUCUUCGCUCAUUCAUCAUCCAUGAAGAAACACCUGCGUGUAAUGCAUGCGGAGGGGAAGGAUUUACCUGCAACCAAGGAGGUGGUGAAGGUCACCGUCGGCGUAGGCCCGUCUGACGCAACUGUAGACGUUAAGAAAGAGCCAGAGUCUGCUGAUGAAUACGAAUGUCGAGUGAAAUCUGAAGAAAACUGCUUUGCUAUAAUGGAUGACGUGAAGGCUACUACAGUCUCUUCAGCUCCUUCCAGUCCAGUAUCAUCUGAGACUUUUAAAAAUGAAUGAUGUGGAUGGAAACCAGGGUUUCUCACCUUGCCAAACAACAGAGCACAUUGAAGAAUCUGCAG